CUGAUGUCUUGAAUGUUGUGACACAUUUCACUCUAGAACUAUAAUUACACUCGACUAUUAAGAGAAGCGGAGGGAGCGAGCAAAGAUGUAGUUGACUGGUGUCCUCAUGGCCACUUGUCCGAACUUGAAGGGUUUUAUCCUUGGCACAUCUUCCGUUCCAUUAUUCCCUUCACUCCAACCUCAUCUCUACUCUUCAAAUCGUACAGUCAUCUCUCUGACCCUGUUCAUAUCUUCAGCAUUUCCGGAGAGUUUGCUGGUCAUCUGAUUCCAUUAAGCGAGCAUGCACAAAAUGCUCGGAAGAUUAUGGAGGCAAAGCUAAGCAGGUUGCCAAGGGAGCAGCCGGGUUACAAGGCUGAAUUUCUUGACCUCGAUAUUCGUGAAGGCACAGUGGCUUCUGCAGCAAUCUCCAAAGACGGUAGUCAUGUCGCACUCGGCUUCGGAGAUGGUGGCAUCGAAGUGGUUGACAUUGAUCAACAGCAUUCCAUCGCCCGAUUCCAAUGUGACUCGUGUAGUCCCCCAGUGUGGAUCGAGUUUAUCUCCGGCAGGCACCGGAUUGCUACCGAAGAUAAUGAAGGGAAUGUGUUCAUCUUCGGCCAUGGUUCACAGCCCCUGAAGCUUGGUGCGCUCCCCAGCGGGUGUUAUCCUUCUGUCACUGUGGCAGCGGACGAUGGAUCAUUCAUCGUACGACUCCCACGGUAUCUCGAUCCCGACUGGUAUAAAAGUGUGUCGAUCCUGUAUGUUUCGGGGAAGCCAUCCAUGCGUUACCUUUCCUCUCCUAGGACUAUACAUACUACUGUUCCAGCUCACCAUUCUCACUGCCUCUCGCUUGAAUUGUCUCCUGGGGCACGAUACGUUGUCGCUUGUGAUCAAAACCAGGCUUUCAUUUGGUCGACAGCGUCAAGGGAGUUCAUAAUCAGUCAUCACGUAUGGGAUUUCGGAGUUUUUGUUACAGGCAUAACACCGUACCGCCCGUACAUCACCAGUGGGUCCAUUGAAUACCCACUGGAUGGUAUCCCUCAUACGCUUGGCUCUGGGACGAAGUUUGAUUCAGACAAAUCGUGGCUGGAAUCGCUGUCACAUAGAAGCUUGCAACUCUCACAGCAGCCAAGACUUCCGCUGUCAUCGGUCAAUUAUGGACGCCAUGAAGAACUGGACACCCCUAAACUGAAAUUAUUGCUCGACAAUACAUUGAAACUCAUUCUCCCAUUCCAAUACUAUCCAUUCGAGUUUGAUAUAAAGUAUCUUGACAGGCAAGAAGUAUGGUAUGGAGAUCGAGUGAUAAAGGCUCAACAUUUCGUCUACUUUCCCCGUGCCAGCAAGGACGGGACACGAUUUUUGGUUCAGGGCCGUAUGAGAGCCCCUAUCGUCGUUGAUAUUAGCCAAAUCGUUUAGUACAAGUCUAUGAUCCACAUUCUUUGUACUUGUUAAUCAGCUGGGUGACAGUUCGCAUUGUAGUUGUCUCGGGAAUAGCAAGGGUAUUAAAAUAUGCACAUAAUUACAUCAGGAAGGAUUGCACCUGCAUACACCAAUGAAGACGAUGGACAGGUGCAUAGUUGUCGGGGGGGAAUGGGCUAAAUUUGACAAAUUACUCUCACCUUAUCAUUCAGCACUCUUUGGGCGAGUCCUUGAGGUCCGCAACGCCGCGUCAAAUCUGAGAGACGGCGACCCUCGUUGAGUGCUAGUGUAAUCGAUAUCAUUGACAAUGACAAUCACCCUGCUAG